GAGCCCCCAGCAGCCCCGAGCGGCCCUGGGCUGGAAGCCGGCGGCGAGGCCCCUCCCCGGCGCAGAGUCGCUGGGCGCGGAGGAAGCGGAGGCGGCGACAGCGUCGGGACCUGGCUGUGCUCAUGGCGUCGCCCGGGUCACUUUUAUCAGAGAGACAUCUAGGUACAACCAAAGGCCUUGCCCCAUCUUAGCUAGGAUAGAAGUGGAAUUACUGGUGAAAGGACAUUCAGAUUUGGGAGAAGUGACUCCAGAAAUAAAAGUAUCAGAGAGACGAACAGCUGUGGCCAUUACAGAUUUGGAAUGGAGAGAAAUGGAAGGAGAUGAUUGCGAGUUUCAUUAUGGAGACAGUACAAAUGAGGUUCUGGACAGUGAUUUUCCAACAGUCGAGAGAAGCAGACUACAAGAAAUGCUGUCACUUUUGGGAUUGGAGACAUACCAAGUCCAGAAACUCAGUCUUCAGGAUGUUCUGCAGAUAAGUAGUGACAGCAUGAAGAACUGGGCUCCUCAGGUUCCCAAAGACCUGCCUUGGAAUUUCCUCAGGAAGCUGCAGGCCCUCAAUUCUGAAGCCAGGAACACCACCAUGGUGCUGGACAUGCUCCCUGAUGCUAGGCCUGUGGAGAAGGAGAGUCAGAUGGAAGAGGAGAUAAUAUACUGGGACACAGCCGAUGACAUCUCUGCAGAUAUCUACUCCUUCUCUGAGCUGCCCACUCCAGACACACCUGUGAACCCCUUGGACCUUCUUUGUGCAAUUCUUCUUUCUUCAGAUAGUUUCCUGCAGCAAGAAAUCAUGUUGAAAAUGUCCCUCUGCCAGUUUGCACUCCCUCUCAUUUUGCCUGACUCGGAAAACCACUACCAUACAUUUCUGCUGUGGGCCAUGAGGGGCAUUGUACAGACAUGGUGGUCACAGCCUCCAAAGGGAGUGGGCAGCAUCAGAGAAGAAAGUGUGGUCUUAUCUCGAGCACCUACCUUUGCCUUUGUGCGCAUGGAGGUCAGCAGCAAUUCCAAGUCCCAGCUUCUCAAUGCUGUGCUCAGCCUGGGCCACAGGCAGCAGGACUGCUUCUGGCACCGGGAUCUGAACUUGGGCACCAACCCUCGGGAGAUAGCAGAUGGGCUGGUGGAAAUUUCUUGGUUUCUUCCUAGUGGCAGGGAAGACUUAGACAUUUUCCUGGAGCCUGUGGCCUUUCUGAACCUGAGAGGCGACAUUGGGUCUCAUUGGCUACAGUUUAAGCUCUUGACAGAAAUCUCCUCAGCUGUGUUCAUAUUGACUGACAACAUCAGUAAGAAGGAAUACAAACUGCUGUACUCCAUGAAGGGGUCAUCCACAAAAUACUACUUUAUCCUGAGUCCCUACCGAGGGAAACGAAAUACAAACCUGAGAUUCCUAAACAAGCUAAUUCCUGUGCUGAAGAUUGACCACUCACAUGUUCUUGUGAAGGUAAGCAGUACAGAUAAUGCAAGCUUUGUGCAGAGAGUCCGCUCUAUUGUGGCUCACGUGGUUCGAUCCUCUUGUAGAAGGGUCUCUCUGGAGGAUAUGGCGAAUGCUGCUCGAAAGCUGGGGCUGAAGGUUGAUGAGGACUGUGAGGAAUGUCAGCAGGCAAAAGACCGGAUGGAACGGAUAACCAGGAAAAUCAAAGAUGCAGAUACCUAUAGAAGAGAUGAGCUAAGGCUGCAGGGGGACCCUUGGAGGAAGGUGGCUCAGGUAGAAAAGGAACUCUAUCAAGUUCAGUGGUCUGGUGACCCUCCUGAGAAGUACAGAACUGAAUUGAGGCAUCGGUUACUCGAACUUCGAAUGCAGCAGAAUGGCCACGAACCUGCCUGGGGACUGCAGGAGUUCAUUACCGGCAUCAGCAGCCCUUCCCUGGGUGAGAAGCAGUACUUCCUCAAGUGGAUGGAGUGGGGGCUGGCUAGGGUGACCCAGCCAAGACCAAGACAGCCUCCAGAGACAAUUCUUACCUUGAGACCAAAACAUUGUGGGUCUGUGGACUUCAGUGAGCCUCUCUGGCCUGAACCUCUGGGAGUAGAGCACUUCUUGCGGGAAAUGGGGCAGUUUUAUGAGGCAGAAAGCUGUCUUGUGGAGGCAGGAAGGCUGCCAGCAGGCCAGAGGCGGUUUGCCCACUUUCCAUCUUUGGCCUUGGAGCUGUUGUUGAAAGGGCUCCCCCUAGAACUGGUUGAUGGGAGCACUCUAAGCACCCCGCUGCGCUGGGUCACAGGGCUCCUGAAGGAGCUGCACGUUCGUCUGGAGAGAAGGUCUCGAUUGGUAGUCCUGUCAGCACUGGGUGUGCCAGGUACAGGAAAGUCCACUCUUCUCAACACCAUGUUUGGAUUGCGGUUUGCCACUGGGAGAGGCUGUGACCCUCGAGGGGCCUUCAUGCAACUCAUCACAGUGGCUGAGAGCUUCAGUCAGGACUUGGGUUGUGAUCACAUUCUAGUGAUAGACUCUGGAGGCUUGAUAGGUGGGGCCCUGACAACAGCUGGAGAAAGGUUUGAGCUGGAGGCAUCCCUGGCCACUUUAAUUAUGGCACUAAGCAAUGUCACUGUAGUUAGUUUAGCAGAAACAAGGGACAUUCCUCCUGCCAUUUUGCAUGCAUUUCUGAGGUUGGAAAAAACAGGGCAUAUGCCAAGUUAUCAGUUCAUAUACCAGAACCUUCAUGAUAUAUCUGCUCCUGGCCCCAGGCAGAGAGAGUGGAGGCAGUUCCUGGAUCAGCCCAGUGACGUGAACAUAUCCACAGUGCAAAUGGAGAAAGGUGAUAGCAUCCGGACGCUGGCUGACCUGGCCUUUUGUGAUCCAGAGAAACAGCAUGUCUGGUACAUCCCAGGCCUGUGGCAUGGAGUGCCUCCCAUGGCUGCUGUGAGCUUGGGCUACAGUGAAGCUAUUUUUGAAUUGAAGAGAUGUUUGCUAGAAAAUAUCAGGAAUGGCCUGUCCAACCAAAACAAGAAUAUCCAACAGCUCAUUGAGCUGGUGAGACGGCUAUGAGUGUGGACAGAGGCCAGCUCUGUGUGACUUUUUCUGAUGUGGUGUCCACAUGAGGCUGCACCCAGCAUCUGAGAGAGACUGAUGUCCAGCAUACAUGGAAAGGGAGAAAGGUGAACAAGGGGGAAAUCUAGAGCUUACUAAACAGUGUGAAGAAAGGAAAUAGCUAGAUAGACCAUUCAGAGAUGUUGUCAGAAAAUUUGAAACCCUAGGGUAGGAAGUAGAGACAAUACAUUCAUUGCUUUUAUGUCUUUGAGUGCUAUUUGAUGGCCUUGGAGGUUUGACCUUUUGUACAGCUGCUCUCCUUCAUUUGCUUCUGGAGGUGGAGGGUUUCUUCUCAGUUACUUCAGGUUAGGCAGACAGGUACCCAGGAUAGAUAUCAGAAAGUUGUUCUGAGGAAGUAGAGUGGAUGCUUCCAGUGAAUUCAGUAUCAGUGACUCAAUCCUGCCCAAGAUAGUGAAUGCCUGUGGCAUGCAGGGCCUGCCAUGGCACUCUUGUUUAUCGACUGAUUGCUGCCGCCUCCCCUUAUUCCAUACCAGGAAGAUUCCCUGCCUCCUGUCCUGUACCAUGGCCUUUGUUCACUUCCUACCAUAGUACUCAAAACAAGUAUCGUGACUUCCCUGUUCACAUGUCUGCCCCUACCCUAGACUGUGAGCUCCUUGAGGGCAGGGGUUGUAUAUCACCUGAAUUUCUACCUAAAGGGCCUAGCACAUUGUAGGCACCUAAUAAAUAUUUGUUGAAUGAAUGAAAUGAAUUGAUGCACAAAUGAUAGUAAUGGGGAGGAUCCUCUGUGCUUUAAUGUUCCUGUUCCUCAAAGAGGAUCACGUGACUGUUUGAGGAGAGAUACCUCAUAGAACGUGUGAAAUGUUGGGCCACAGAGAGAAAUGUCUAUAAAAAUUACCAUGUUAUUCCCUUCUGUUUGAGCAGAGAUCUAUUCUUCAAAUGGUUACUGUGAAACUGAACUAAAUGUGUGUUUUUUUUUUGCAAUAAUGCCAAGGUAGCACCAUUAUUA